GCCGUCGGGCGCUGGGGAGAAGAAGGGGUUUGAGAAACAUACUCAUUCCGUCAAACAAAAGAAGCAAAACGCUCCUAGAUGGUGGUGGAGGAAGAAAAUUUUCGUUUUAUAGGAAAAUACCUUGCCCGUGCAGACCGAAGUAAUUAGGUUUUAGUUUUGGAGCCAGCUCCCCCCUCCCACCUCUGUUUCUGUGUGCUUUUGAGUGUGUUGCCCAGAGCAAAGGGCCCAGAGGAGCGCACUGGGUCAGGCUGCGAGCUAACUCUCUUCCCCUUCCGGUAGCUGUGUGCUUGGUGAUGGUGGCAGGGAGGUGAGAAAGAAUUCGUGAACCACACUUCUUGCCAGCUGCACGCCGAGCCGAAGGGAGACCCACCUCCGCCAGGCGGAAAAAAACACCCCCAAAAAACCUGUACAGGCCGUAACAUUCCGAAGCCCUCCCUCCUUUCCCAUUCGGUGGCCUUACUGGCCUGUGCAAGGAUUGGGUUUGGUGGGAACGCAGGCGGGGUACCAUCCAACCCACCACCAGUAAGACACACGUUCGGUCGGUCCCCCCACCACCAACGCCGUCGUGGAUAGGCUACAUUCGCUUUGUCAUCGAUACAUUGGCCGGGCGUGUGAAUUGUUGAAGCGUUUCGCGAUGGAGCUGCAGCUGCAACGCAAACAGGGCACGGCCGCACAGCAGCGCGACAGCGGGACGGCCGGAUCGAGCAGCGCGAGCAGCGGUGCAUCCAGCGGUGGUGGCGGUGCCAGCGCUGGCAAUGGUGCAAUCAGCAAAAACGACAGCUACGACAGCUCGCACAGCAGCAGCAACACGGAGGACACCACCGAGACGGACGAUCGCCGUAGGAAAAUGAUGAAAAACCGGGCCAGGAACAACAGACUGAUGCAACAGCAGCAGCAACAGCAGCAACAGCAGCAGAACACAACGGACAGUGCAAAGGUGGCCGCUGGAAAAAAGCUAGCCGAGAACGAGCGCAUCACACUGGUCGUCGACAAUACGACCUUCUCGGUGAACGUGUCGAUGCUGACGGCCCAGCCCGAAACGAUGCUGGGCCGCAUGUUCAGCACCGGGUUCGAGUUUACCCACCCGAACGAGCGGGGCGAGUACGAGGUGGCCGAAGGCAUCUCGCGCACCGUCUUCCGGGCCAUCCUCGAGUACUACCUGUCCGGGGUGGUGCGCUGCCCGCCGACCGUGUCGGUGCAGGAGCUGCGGGAGGCGUGCGACUAUCUGCUCAUCCCGUUCAACGCCAACACGAUCCGGUGCCAGAACCUGCGCGGCCUGCUGCACGAGCUUUCCAACGAGGGGGCGAGCAUCCAGUUCGAGGCGUUCCUGGAGCAGCUGAUCCUGCCGCUGAUGGUGGACGCUGCCCGGCAGGGGCAUCGGGAGUGUCACAUCGUCGUCCUAUCCGAGGACGACAUCAUCGACUGGGACGCGGAGUAUCCGCCGCAGAUGGGCGAGGAAGACUGCCAAACGGUCGCCAACACGGCCAUGUACCGGUUCUUCAAGUACAUCGAAAACCGGGACGUCGCCAAGCAGGUGCUGAAGGACCGGGGGCUGAAGAAGAUCCGGCUCGGCAUCGAGGGCUACCCGACGUACAAGGAGAAGAUCAAGCGGCGCCCGAGCGGCCGGAUGGAGGUGAUCUACAACUACCUGCAGCGGCCGUUCAUCCACAUGUCCUGGGAGAAGGAGGAGGCGAAGAGCCGCCACGUCGACUUCCAGUGCGUCAAGUCGAAAUCGGUCACCAACCUGGCGGAGGCGACCGCCGAUCCAGCGCUCGAGCUCGAUUCGGCCGGGAAUCCGCUUCCUCAGCGGCACUUUGAAAUAUCGCACGAACCAGACGCGGAACCGUUCAUGCGGCCGGACGCUCUGCUCGACGGCGAGGAAGGUGCCAUCGGUGGACUGCCGAACGGGGACGAGAACGGGCUGCUCGGCCCAGAGGAACCACAGUAGCGGGAAGGGAUCACAACACAGUGUCUGCCCUUCUCCCUGACGACACGCACGCAAAACCAAUCUCCCCCCGAAGCCCGUACUCUUUAAGUACGUAAAAAGUAGCUUUUUUGCGCAGCAGCAUCUUCUCAUGCGUUGUAGGAAAUCCAUUUUCUUUUGACUGAUCGGAUUCCGGGGUGUGCGUAAGUGUGUGUGUGUGUGUUCGUGUGCGUCCCGCGUUCUGUUUUCUCCACUGAACCGUAACCACGUGUGUCUGUGUGUGUGUUCCGCCUAUGUGUUUUGCCUUAUUACCUACAGCCCCCCUUCUCUCCUCCCUUCCUGCGCGAUCGCGUGGUGCUCGUGAAUAUGAAAUGACAAAUCGUCCUCGAAGUUUCAUCGCUAUGUUUAUUAUCAUAAUUUUUAUGCGCUCAUUUCUCCUCUCUCGAUGUUGUGUGAUCGGACAUGUUUUGGCGAAUGCGUUCGCUUUUGUUUCAAUUGGCGCUUUAGUAUUGUAUUAUUGUAUAUAUAUACCUAUGUAAACCAAACUCACACGAUAUUCUCCAACUAUUAUUUGAUUAUUAACACGCAAAUGCUAAUCGCACGCCGUCGUUGUUUGUGAACCGUUAUGAUUUCGUUACCGAUUAACAACGCAAGCUGCCCCCGCGCGUGAAGCGUUUUCUAAUGCUGUCGUGAACUCCUCCUUAUUUGUGAAGCGACGAUCGCCUCUAUUACUCAUGAAACUAAACUACUUUUUUGAUAUUCAUUUGAUACUAGUGUUAUGUUACAACUUUUUUUUAUAUAUGUAUGCGCUUAUUUCACUACCAAAAUACCACAACCCACCCGUUGUUCCCGUUUCCCCCCCAACGCGCGAGAUAUCCCACGUUCUCACUGUAACGGUGAGCAGUGCGACGAACCCCGUUAUUCCUACGUUUUCAACGCAUAUAUACAGAUUUUACCUUUUUUAUACCAAGCGAGAAUAAAUAAGACAUAUUAUAAAGCCUUGAAA